AUGGUGGUCAUUCCGCCACCCCCACAGCCGGGGCCGCAUCCGGACUUUGCUUGGAGGCUGGGGGAAGUCGCACAGGAGAGGCGACGGGCAGCAGCAGGUAGCCAACAAGCGGCCACUGAGAAACAGCGGCCGACGUCUUUGCCAGGCAGUGGCAAGAUUCUGGCGGACGAUUUUCCAGCACCGGAAACGUUGGAUAUUCCAGGGAGGGCGCGGGUUCCACUAUUCCGGGCUCGCUGCUGUGUCUUCGGCCUGCUCUGCGUGGAGGCACUGAGACUGCUAGCGGCAAGGACUUUCCCCAGCCCUGGUGGCUUGGAGCUAACAGCCCAGAUCUUAACAUCGGCUUCCAACUCCCUCGCUUGCGUUGGUUCUCUGCCGGUAUUCGCGUCGCAGAGCCUCGGUGUCUGUGUGAAUCGACGCUGCCUGGGCUCGCUCCUGACGCUGAUACUGACCUCUUCGAUGUGCACUUGGGGUGCUGUUGUUAUUGACAUUCUUCCGGGUGGUGGAUGGCAGCGCCUUUCUGCACACGCACUGUUGGAUGAAGGUGCUCCCAGUGUAAUCGGCUUCCUGGGUGUGUGGGAAUGUUUGUUGUUGGCUUCAGUGUCAUUGCAGAGUGCCUUGUGCAUAUCCGCAUGGACAUUUUACCGCAUGUUCCGGGAAUUGGGGCUGUAUCCCCCAGGACAACGGAAAGGUCGAAUCCAUGCUGAAGUGUCUGCAUUAGAAUUUGUUUGUGAAGCGGAAGACGUGGCCCUGCUAAGCGACCAGUGCAAUGGCAACUGUCAGCGGGAGCCGCUGCCCAGAGAGGAUGCCUGCCCAGGCCCAGAAGUCGUCUUUGCAAUGGCUGUGGCUGCUGAGGCAUCGAUGCCUCCAGCGCCACCUCGAGGUCUCGGUCGAGACCGCCUGCACGAAGACGACGUCCGGUAUCCGUCCACCUGA